GGGGAACAGCAUGAGUCUCCACGGGAAAACGGCUCUGGUGACCGGCGGCGCACAAGGCAUCGGGAGAGCCGUGGUGGAAGAACUGCUUCAGAAUGGAGCAAAGGUUGCACUGGUUGAUCUGAACCAAUCUGUGGGAGAGGAAUGUAAAAGUGAUUUAGAUGACCAGUUUGGAGAGGAUAACUGUAUUUUCAUCCAGUGUGAUGUGACGGACGGAGAAAAACUUGGAGAUGCCUUUCGAAACACAGUAGACAGGUUUGGUCGAUUGGAUAUUGUCAUCAAUAAUGCUGGAAUCAACAAUGAGAAGAACUGGGAAAAGACCAUUGAAGUCAAUUUGACAUCUGUUAUAAAGGGGACAUAUUUAGCACUAGAACACAUGAGUAAAGAGUACGGAAAGCAAGGAGGGGCAAUCAUCAACGUCUCGUCUAUGGCAGCUUUUCUCCAUUCUCCUCACCAGCCAGUGUACACAGCGACGAAGUAUGGAGUGAUCGGGUUUUCACGAGCCAUGGCAGACGCAUCUGAACAGGGCAAUUACGGAGUGAGGAUCAACGCACUGUGCCCGGCCUUUGUGGACACACAACUCCUUCAGACCGUGGAGCACGAGGAAACAAUGGGCAAGUUUGUCAAGUACAAAGAUGAUUUCAAACAAAGGAUGGACAAGUAUGGUGUUCUUAAGCCAUCGCUGAUUGCAGAAGGAAUGCUGAGACUCAUAACAGAUGAAAGCCUCAAUGGAGCUGUGAUGAAAAUCACCUGUUCUAAAGGCAUUCACUUCCACACCUAUGAGCCUCUGUCAGCUUGAUUCAUACCUUCAAACUGGAGCUGUUCAUCUUUUUUCUCUUCUCUUCGUUUAUUGAAGUGCCUCAAACAACUGGUUGAACAAACCAAACCUUGCUGUAUACCCAGUUACAAAAAAAAAAAAAAAAAAAGAGAAGGUAUGCAGUGGUCUACAUUUGAAUCGGUUUAAAGCUUUAAUCAGAGUUGUUAUAAAACUAUUGAACAACACCCAUUCUUAUCUUUGGACAAUUUCGAUCCCCUUCACUACAGUAGCUUCCAGUUUAUGACUUCACUCAAUUAAAAAGGAUUGCAUAGUGGUAUCUUAGGCCUCUUUCUAACUGGUUUUCUUUUUUGCAAAGCCCUUGAACAUUUUGUACAUAAUUGCCUUAAUUGUGAGCAAUUCCUUGUGACAAUAAAAUCAUAUUUAUUAUCAUUAA